CCCGGAAGUGGGGCGGUACUGCUGUUUUGCUGUCGAGUCACCUCUGUCAGGAUGGAGGAAAACGAACUGCUAUCAUGCUGAAAAACGAAGGAUCCCGACAACCGAGCAUCAUCAACCGGGAUAGUUAGACAGAAGUCACCGUUUAUCUUGACUGCUGUAUCGUUUCUGUAACGCUUUGCCAAAAUGAUGGAAGAAAUCGACCGGUUCCAAGUACCUCCAGUCAACGGAGAGACCCAGCCUUUGGACCCAGCAGCAUCCUCCACCUCAGAGACAGACCCUGACACCAAGGGAGAAUCUGUGGCCAUGAACUACAAGCCCUCACCACUGCAAGUCCAAAUAGAGAAACAGAGGGACCUUGCCAGGAAGGGAUCAGUGAAGAAUGGCACCGUGGGAAGUCCUGUCAAUCAACAGCCCAAGAAGAACGCCAGGACAAGGUUGGUGGUGCCAAACAAAGGCUACUCCUCUUUAGACCAGAGCCCAGAUGAGAAGCCCCUGGUAGCACUGGACACUGACAGUGACGAUGACUUUGACAUGUCCAGAUACUCGUCAUCAGGAUACUCCUCAGCCGAGGUGAGAUGUCUGAGGGACCAGCAGAUCAACCAGGACCUGAACAUCCAGCUCCUGAAGGAUGGGUACCGGCUCGAUGAGAUCCCGGAUGACGAGGAUCUGGAUCUGAUCCCCCCCAAAGCAGUCAACCCCACCUGCAUGUGCUGCCAGGCUGCCCCCUCCACAGCCUGUCAAAUCCAGUAGCGCCACCCCAAAGAACCCCUCGUGCCUGCCGCCUGCACUGAGGCCCGCUACUAACCAGACUGGCAGCAAGGAGGAAAAACUAUCGGAUGGCAAUGGCACAAAGGGGAAACUAGGGUUUAUAAAUGUUAAAUUAAGAGAUGGAGAUAGGUCAAGUCUUGAGAAAAAGAGUCGAUAUGUACAGUAUCUGUGCACGUUCCUCCUAUGGUAGGAUCUGUGCAUCUUACUCGAUUGAUGGCAGAAACAUUACCUCUAAGGAAAACAUGUUACUUUUGUUUCUUCUUCGUUUGGCUUCCAUCUAAUGCUUGUGGAUAUUUUGGUUUACAAGGACCAUGAAAGAUUGUGCGACAUUGUGGAAGAACCGAAACAAAAUCUUUUGACAGGAACUCAAACGCCUGAAAUGGUGAGGAGGUGACAUUACCGUGACAGCGCAUCGUCCACGGAAUCCACUUCGCCUGCUGGUGUGUCAUUGACGGUCAGAUUCGACGAACAAGAAGAAAUUGGAAGUGUUGUAGUGGCCAUUGUUUUUGUUUUUUUUCUCUUUCUCAUUUCUUUCAGCCAGUGUGUGUGUGUGUGUGUGUGUGUGUGUGUGUGUGUGUGUGUGUGUGUGUGUGUGUGUGUGUGUGUGUGUGUGUGUGUGUGUGUGUGUGUGUGUGUGUGUGUGUGUGUGUGUGUGUGUGUGUGUGUGUGUGUGUCAAAUGACAUGUGUGUCUAAAUAUGUCCAAGAAAGUAGUGCUAAACCAUCAAGCUGCUGAUGAAACACUAACGCUUACACUCACAACACUAUGGGAGUAAUUCCAGUUUGUCUGUUACACCAAGGUUGUAUUCAUUACGUUUCCUAUUCAGUUAAAAGAAGCUGAAAACAAAUAGAUUUUGCAUGUUGCCUGUUAACACUGUGUCCUAAUGACCGGCUUGUGCAGAUGAUUUAUCAGUUUUUAUCGACCUCUUAACACAUCGUGUAAGGCGUGCUUUUAAAAACGCAAAGUUGGUAAUAUUUAGGUUCACCCACUGUAUUAUCAGUAGAUCUAGAGAAACCAUUAGAAAUAAUGUCAGAGCAGCUCACGAGUUAGUGCGCACUUCCUUUGUGUUUGUCCAUGUUAGCCCCGACAUGAGUGGAUGGGUGAGAGGAGCACAAAGACAGUCAACACCAGUGAAUGUGGCUACAAAAUAAUAAUAAUAAUAAUAAUAAUAAUAAUGAUGAUGAUGAUAAUAAUAAUACGAGGUUUAGAAUAUGUACAAAGACAUUGAAAGUUGUGCAACUCUGGCCGCAGCUGUUAUGGCUUCUGAAGAAUGUCUAUAAAGUGAUUCCACGUCGCCAGGAUGGAGAUGAAAUGGGAUUCUUCUUUUUUUUCUGCAGGAAAGGCACACAAGCUUUUUGAAAAGUGUAUUUGGUUUGUAUGGUUGUCCAUUUAGGCAUUUUCCCCUUUGACUUUUAAUAUAACCAAUUUGUCCGAUUUUGAUUGAAGUGUACAUGUAGCACCGGACACAGCUGUGUAUUGUCGAUGCUUUUUUUGCCAAUGGAUGUUGAAAAGAAGUUGUUAGGAAGUGCAGUUUAUUUCAUCACGUUUACAUCACUCUAAAGACAUCAGCUGUUUUCUAGUAGAUGUUAAAAGUCACUUGCAUGUGAAUCUGCUCCGAAACAAAAGAUCGGGCUGGGUUUCCCAACAACACAAAAUGCACAUUUUGACUUGUAUGACACCUAAAAAAAACACUUUCUAUGUAACAUAACUUAAACUUAGAUACACUCUUAUAUCUGGUAACAUAACUUCAGUUCUAAGUAUGUGUGUGCUUCACACUGUGGUGUAAGUUAUUCUCUCAUGGCGACAUUCAGGAUGUUCUGUUGACUCGUGUACAAGGGAUUUGAGAUCAAGAUGUGAAAUUACUUCUGAAAAACUGCGCAUCUACUACGAACAAUUUUGUCUUUGGACAUAUUGCAGUGUUUUUGGGAAACAUUGCUUUCAUCUUUCAUAACUGAUCUGCUGAUUUUGUUAGCACGUUUACAAGUCAGAGGUUUUACAUUUUUAUGAAAGUCCAUACAGAAACGACAGCAGCAACAGUCAUUUUAUUGAUGCAGUGUGAAAUGUACGACACCAAACGACUGCAUCUCUUUGAGCUUUUAUGUUUGGAGACGUGCCAGAUCUGCGAGCAUACAUGUAAGAAAGGAAGACAUGUUUUUGCUCUGGUCAAAGGAAUGAAUGAAUAUUACCAUAUGGGGAGAGUGAACGGAACUAAAAGCUACCUGGAAAGAGAACAAAAAAACACUAAUACUGGAGAGGGCAUCUGCUAAACCUGACACAUCCCCAAUGCUUCUACAGCAUUUAAGUUACAAAAGUAAACAAGUAUAAAAAAAAAAAAAAAAACAUUUGCAAAUGAGGUGCCAUGUGUGUAGAUAAUAAAAUGACUUGCAUUAA